GACCAAAUAUUAUGAUACAUCUCUUUAGUCCUAUCCAUUUCGUCCACUUCUUACUUACUUACUUAAGCCUGUUACUCCCAAUGUAGCAUAGACCGCCGACCAGGAUUAUUCUGUAAACUAGUUAUACAUAAAUAGUGAAUAGAUUAUAUAUUAUACUUUAAAGAAAGAGAUACUAUUCAGAAGACUUCGAAGAACAUGAUGUAUAGAUAUAUACAGUACCUGCAUAUACAUACAUAUUAGAUAGUACACAUAAAUCAAAUCCAAUUACUCGUACUAAUUACUGACGACAAUUGUGAUAAGUUAUUCCAUACUUGUUUAUCUCUUAUUCUAGGAUAGUAACUUGAUGUUUAUUGUUGAAAACAACAACACCAACAACAUCUUCGACGACGACGACAACAACAACAACUGAGGAAUACGUCUAUCAAAGAUUAUAAAUGGAAUAUUACAUUAUCCAAUUAAGAAGAAAAACAUCUUUCUAAUAUUGCCUAUGGUUAAUAUCGCCUUGGAGAUUACAUCAAAAGUGAAUAAUUUAUUGAAGGUAUUCAUUGAAUAUUCUAAUUUCUAUUCUUCAAUUAAACAAUUACUGAUUCUAUUUACCGAUAUUAAUCAAAAUAGAUCAUGAAUUCAUAUAAUAGUGAAAUUACAUCUAUAAAAUCUAUUCAUAGUUAUACUAGUCAUGUAAUCUCAUCUAAUUCAUCAUCACAACCAUCAACUGAUUCAUUAAGACCACCAUCUAUAACUGGUUUACCACAAUUAAAAAGCCUUACAUCAACAGAAAUUAUGAAUAUUAAUAAAAAUCCUAUCAUAACAUAUUCAAAUGAUAAACAUUAUAUUAAACAUAUACCAAAUAUUAUUACUACUACUCAUACUACUUAUACUACUAAUAAUACUACUAAUAAUGAUUUUACUGAUGAAAUCUUUCAAACGAAUGGACAGUUGUUAACAACAACUAUACCAGAUGAUAUUCAUCAUUUAAAUCAAUGGAACUUUCAAUAUAGUACAAAUCAUAUAAAUGACCAUAAAACAUUGAAUAAUAAUGGUACAUUCUUUUGUGGUCCAGGACGUAAACGUUAUUUAAUUGCAUUUUUAUGUUGUACAUGUCUUACUAUUGUUAUUGGUAUGAGAUCAGAAAUGUUAGGUAUUAUAACUAAUUUAAAUAAUACUAAUACACGUAUAACAUUCGGGAUUAAAUAUACAACAAAUAAAUAUCAUAAAGAUUUACAUCAUCUAGAUCCUAACAUGAUGAAUGGAUCUAUAGAAUUAGAAAAAGAUAAAGAAGAUAAAGAAGAACUACAACAACAACAACAACAAGAGAAGGGGGGAGAAGAAGUACAAGAAGAAGAAAUCAAUAUUGAUGAAGAAUUACAUAUUAAUUCAAAUAGAAUCUAUCAUAAUAUACGUCCAUUAACAACAUCAUUAAUAUUUAAACCAUCAGAACAUCGUAAAAUGCCAUGGACUGAAACAAUUAAAAAUGAUAUUGUAGAAAAUUCAGUAUUUUUUGCUUAUUUAAUAACAAGUCCUAUAGGAGGUUAUUUAACAGUAAAUUAUGAUUCAUCAUUUUUAUUAGGUAGUUCAGUUGCUAUUACAUGUGGUAUGAAUUUAUUUUUACCACUUGUUGAAACUAUUGGAAAUAAUAUUAAUGCAAAAUUAAUUAUGAUUAUAUUAUUAAGAUUAAUACAAGGAUUAGCUGAAGGUUGUUUAAUACCAUCUGUAUUUGGUAUAUUACGUUUUUGGAGUCCUAUUAAUGAACGUUCUACAUUAGUAUGUUUAUCUGUAAUUGGUGUAUCAUUAGGACCAUUAAUUGGUUUACCUGUAUGUGCUGAAAUUGAAAAAAAAUGGGGUUGGGGUGUUGUAUUUUAUAUAUAUGCUAAUUUAGGUUUAAUAUGGUGUAUAUUUUGGUGGAGAUUAAUUGAUGAAAAACCAAAUAAAGAUAAAAAAUUAAAUAAACAUGAAUUAAAUUUUUUAAAAACAACAAUAUCAAAUCGUAUAUUAUAUAAUCAUAAUUAUACAAAAAUACCAUGGCAACAAAUAUUUACAUCACGUCCUGUAUAUGCUAUAUUAUUUACAUAUGCUGCAGAUGAUUGGACAUUUCAAAUAUCAUCAGUAUGUAUGCAAUCAUUUUAUCAACAAAUAUAUAAUGUUGAUGUUGAACGUACUAUAUUUUUUUUAUCAUUUCCAUUUUUAUCAAGAUCAAUGUUUGUUCCAAUUGGUGGAAUAUUUGCAGACCUUUUAAGAAUUAAUACUAAUCUUUCACGUACUACAAUACAUAAAUUAUUUGCUGGAUUAGGUUUUGGAUUAAAAGGUAUAUUCUUUAUUGCACUUGGUUAUGCACCAUCUGAAAUCUAUGCAACAAUGUUACUAUCAUUGGCAUUAGGUUUCUCUGGAUUAGCAGUAGCAGGCUAUGCUGUAAAUGUGAUUGAUUUAGCUCCUAAUUUCUCAGGUUUGGUUAUGGGAUUUGCCAAUAGUGUCAGUACAUUUACAGGUAUCUUAUCAACAUUUAUUGCAUCAGUUGUUGUACAUAAAUUUGGUUUAGAAUUAAAAAAUGGUUGGAGAGUUGCUUUAUGUUUAGCAGCAUUUAGUCAAUUUGUUGCUAUGAUAACAUAUUUAUUAUUUAGUUCAAGUGAACAACAAUCAUGGGCAUAUUCACCGACACUUGAAGAUGUUGACAAUGAUGAUCAAGAUAAUCAUAACAAUACCAAUAAGAAUAGACCUAUGGAACAAAUCAAUCAUUCCAUGAUUUGA